AUGUUCAGCGUCUGCGUGGACCGCUGCUACCACCCAGACCCCAGCAUCGCCACGGGCUACUUCCAGGUUGUGAGCGAGGUGUAUGCGCUGCAUCUGGUGCCCUGCGAGCCGCACGUGGUGCUUUCCCUGGUGCUGUACAAAAUGGUGGACCCCGGGCCUGAGGUGCGCGAGGACGCCCUUCACAUGCUCCACGUGCUGUCGACCCGCGAGUGGCAGCACGGGGACGCGGCGCGCGGCCGGGGGCGCGUCGGCGGCGCCAGCGGCAGCGGCGUCGGCGUCGGCGGGGCCGGCGCGGGCGCGCUGGUGGCGGCGACGGACGCGUUCCGGGGGCAGCUGUCGUUGGAGCAGCUUCUUGAGGGCUGGGAGGACGCGCUGCGUGGCGGCUCCAGCAGUGUGGUGGUGCUGGGUGCGCUGCAGGACUCGUACCAGCAGUUCCAGUACCAGCUGUCGGCCAAGCUCGCCAGGGACCACCCUGAGCUGAGUGAGCAGCUGUGUGAGGAGAUGAUGACGCGGCAACUGGAGUGCGCUGACAAGGUGAUGCAGCACCCGGUGCUGACGUGCCUCGCGCCCUGGAUGGAGGCCCUGUCCAUCGCCGCGCACUGGAAGGGCACCUGGUGCGAGCGGCUGCUCAAGAGCAUGUACUACGUCACGCUCAGGUGCGGCCGCGGCCGCGGCGAGCCCUGA